AUGACCCGUACUUUUACUCGAGUGAAGGAACACAAACCAACGAAUGGUCAUUUACCGCUUUCACUCUUGUACAAUAAUCUUUCCUUUAUUGAGGAUUGUGAGUUAUUGGUGUACGCCUCACGCAAAGAUGGUGUGUUGAUGAACACAGAAACACAUGUAGUACGUUUAUUACCCACUGGAUCUAAUGAACGGGAGUUUAUAAAACACAUUACAGCUAUUCGAGCUCCCCCAGGGAUGCUGCAUCCUGAGAAUACUAUCGUUGUGCUUCUCACCACGGCCUCUUCUACAGAGUUGUGGACUGUAGAAUCACCGUUAGGUUUUAUUCCACAUGAUGGGAGUAAUGGUAGUGGUUGCUGCGGUGCUCUUUCUGCUGCCUUUGGGGAUAGUGUACAUGUUGUGGUUGGCACGAGUAAAGGUGUGGUGGUGUUUGCGACUUUUGAUCAUCACAGCAAUACACCACUCUCUGUGCACUCUGCGGUGAAGGGGCAUGAGGAACACGCCGUGACGGCGGUGCAGUUGAGUCCAUUUAGUAAUUCUGAUAUUUACGCAGCCACAGGAGAUGCGGUUGGGUGUUUGCUUUUAUGGAAUCGUGAGAGACAGCCUUUCGUUUCGCUGAAAACGUCUGAGUGUAUAACGGCCUUGCAGAUUGUAAGUGAUGGAGACUUUGUGGUGGCGGCCAACGGUGCGGGCAAACUGCAGAUGUUUGACAGCCGUUCGGGUGAAAUGCGACUGGAGAUCUGCGCCCAUUCCCGAUGGAUUAAUGUGUUGGCCUUCAAUCCAGUCGCGAAUGUACUUCUCUCCGCUGCGGAGGAUGGAUACUGCACAGUGUGGUCUGCCCCUGUGAAGUCCACGAGUGGGGCGACACCCAUUACGGUGUUGGCUACACAUCACAUUCCACACGCAUUGCCGACAGGCGCGGGGUUUAAUAAAGACGGCUCACAAGUUGUGAUUGGUUUGUAUGAUUCGGAUACAAUGACACAGUAUACCUUAACAUGA